AUGCCACAUCAGCUGCCUUACGAUCAGCAAGAGUCGAGCCCUGCUGCUCCUCCCUUGACCAACAGGCUACCACAAGAGCCACAACCUACCACGACAACUCUUCCCCAGCAACAACAUCAACAACAGAGUCGAUCGUCGCGAGACCUGGCCACACCGUCCUUUCCUCAACAGACAGACCAGCCCCGUCUGCAAAGCCAUCCCAUCCAGACCUCAUCCACUCCUCCAAAGCCCGAACUUGCCCCUGCAGUCCAGAAUUGCGGCAAGUGCGAGUUGCAGAUGCAAGGGUCCUUUGUCCGUGCAUUAGGCGCCACUUACCAUCUCGACUGCUUCAGGUGUUUGGAUUGUGACGAGAUUGUCGCCUCAAAGUUCUUUCCCAUUACCGAGGCAGACGGCCGACAAUACCCUCUCUGUGAACGCGACUACUUUCGCCGGCUGAACAUGGUUUGCCAUUCCUGCGGUGAAGCCCUCCGGGGAAGCUACAUCACCGCGCUGGACCACAAGUACCACAUCGAGCACUUUACCUGUUCUGUCUGCCCGACUGUCUUUGGACCACAGGACUCGUACUAUGAACAUGAUGACAAGGUCUAUUGUCAUUACCACUAUUCGCUCUGUUACGCCGCCAAGUGCGCUGGCUGCAGGACCGCUAUCCUCAAGCAAUUUGUCGAGAUCAAUCGAAACAGCCAGGACGAGCAUUGGCAUCCCGAGUGCUAUAUGAUUCACAAGUUCUGGAAUGUCAAGCUAUCCUUUACAUCCGAGGGGGAAGAAGAGCAGAUAAAGUCCGAGGAGGAAUGCAUUGAGGACUCGACAACAGCAGCCGCAGGAAUUCUCUCCUCACGGACAAGUAUGGAGCAAAAAUCACCGGAGGAACUCAAGCGAGCCCAGCAGCACAUGGAGGAGAAAGUAUACCAGAUCUGGACAGUUCUUUCUGCGUUCGAAGAGUCGUCAGCAGGAUGCAUCUCUGAAAUGCUGCUUCAUGUGUCCAACGGCGCAUAUUACGACGGAGUUCAAAUGGCCGAAAAGUUCAUCCUUCACGUCGAGAUCUUGUUCAGCGCUAUCGAUGAUCUCGAGGCCCAGAUGAAGGAGGUCGGCGACAAAAACGAUCUGGGUCAUGGCCGUGAAGCCAAGAUGCUCUGUAAAAAGAUCGUCAACUUCUUCUCGUUGCUCUCCCAUACCCAGGAAAGCGGCGUCCGGCGCCUUGGUAUGACCCAGGAAUUACUUUCCCUCGUCACAGGACUCGCCCACUACCUCAAGAUCCUGAUCCGUAUCGCCCUCACAUGUGCCCUCAAGCUGGAACGCCAAUAUCACUCCACAACAGUCAUUGCGCGCUUCCUCAACAAACUCAUGGAACUUGCCAACAAGGACAAGUGUCUACAGGAUUUACAUGGAAAGAACAGCAUCGAUGCUGAGGUGACCUCGGACUUGUGUCUCUCCUGUCGGAUCACUAUCGAGGACGAAUGCUUCACAUUCGACCAUCACCAUCGUUGGCACCCAAAGUGUCUGGUCUGCUCAGGAUGCGCCAAACCUCUCGCCUCUGUUUACUACGACGCCUUAUUCGAUACAACCCAUGGAUCUGUCCUUUGUCAGCAAUGCAAGACGCCCGAUUCCGAAAUCGGAUUCUCUCAUGUCACAAAGCUGGAGCAGUACACUUUCCUCCUGCGCGUUGCCUUGAUCCGUCUGGAAAACCUGCUUCAUCUGAAAGGCGACGACUCAGACCUAGGAGUUGAUCAGCGUGGACGCCAUCUUGGAACAGCUUCUACAGCAGAUCCCCUUUCGCCACCAGGAGUUGUAAGGAAGGAUUCUCGCUCGAAAUCGUACUCUUCAGACGAUAAUCGACAGUAUGAGCCAAUUCACCUGGGCGACAUCAAGCGUGUCAAGUCGACUCAUCUGGAUCGGAAGCUUUCAAACUCGGCGCGGAUUGCAAGGAGACAGACGGUUAUUGAGCAUCAACGACGACGACCUCCAGGCGGAGACGCCGGCGUCAGCGAAGCAGAGGAAGGUCACAGACAUUCGAUUCACACGGAUCCUGAAGUCUCUAUGUUGGAGUUUGAAAUUAUCGACGAGUCCGAGAUCACGAACGAUGAGGACGAUGCCGCGCAGGAUGAGCGCCGUAAAUCCGCAGCGCCAUUGACCCUUUCGGAUCUAACGGACAAGCUACGUAUCACGGCGGCUACGAAUGGAUCGCCUAACGCAUCUCUCAGGGCGCGGUCGGGACAUGGAUCGGCGCAUGGAUCGCAACACCUUCUGCUACCCAGCAGCUCGAAUCGCAAGCGACAGUACCUGAAUGAGCUGUCGGCUCUGGAGCUGUUUAUUGUCAAGCACCUCGCUGUUCUGAUGCUGGCGCCUGUGGUUUCAGAGUACUUUACACCCGAGGAACUCUUGGACUUGAUUGGGCAGCGCAAACAGACGCUCUGGGGACGGUUUGUCAAGGGCCUCAAGACUGACAAGAAGAAGCCUAAAGAGGGAACCUUUGGAGUACCACUUGAGCUGCUUGUGGAGCGGAAUGGGGUGGAUUCAGCCUUGGGAGCAGGGCCUGGCCGUAUUCGUAUCCCCAGUUUCGUUGACGACAGCAUUUCAGCAAUGCGUAACAUGGAUAUGUCUGUGGAGGGCGUGUUCAGGAAGAAUGGAAACAUCAGAAGGCUCAAGGAGUUGAGCGAGGCGAUCGAUAAAGAUCCGGCCGCGGUGAACUUGAGCGAUGAUAACCCUGUGCAAGUCGCUGCACUUUUGAAGAAGUUUUUGCGUGAUCUUCCAGACCCACUCUUGACAUUCAAGCUCCACCGCCUGUUUAUCGUCUCUCAGAAGAUGGAGGAUGAGGGUAUCCGAAAGAUGAUCCUCCAUUUGACAUGCUGCCUGUUGCCCAAGGCGAACCGCGACAGCAUGGAGGCGAUUUGCUUGUUCUUGCGUUGGGUCGCGUCAUUUUCUCAUGUGGAUGAGGAAACUGGUAGCAAGAUGGAUCUCCACAACCUGGCGACGGUCAUUACUCCCAAUGUUUUGUACUCAAAAUCCAAGGACCCUAUCAAGGACGAGAGUUUUUUGGCCAUUGAGGCUGUCAUGGGUCUACUUGAGUAUCAGGACGACUUUUGUGUGGUACCAGAGGAUUUGUCGCUAAUUCUGAGCGAUCAGGAUUUGGUCGAAUCGUCAACGGAUCUGUCUUCUAAGGAUAUCCUGAAACGAUGCGAGAACCUUGUCAAGGCCAAGGUCAAAAAGUCGCACUCCGUUGGUGACCUCUACCAGGACCACACGCCUGGUCAAGGACAGAACCAGCAGACGAACGGGAACCACCACGAAGGAGUGAUUCAUGGAACUCUUACAGCAAAGCCAGACAUCCAUUUUCAGACACCAGAAGGACACGGAAGCGUUGUUAGAGAGGCAUCUGUCCCUGUGAUGAUUCAGCAGCCAGGUCCAAAGUCGACCCACCAUCACCACAACAGCCACCACAACAACUACAACCACAGGCAUAAUCACCAUCCUCACGGACUUUCGACUUCUAACCCAUCGCCCUCUACGUCAUCGUCGAUGGGAGCUAUGCGGAUACCCGAGCGACUCCCCACCGUGGCAGUUGACGGGGGAAAGGGCGCUACACCCAUGUCAUUAUAG